AUGGGUGAUCAUGUUAAGGAGUUUGGGAGAAUUCUUGAUUAUAAGGAUGAGUUGUUAAGGUCUAAUCCUGGGAGUACUUGUGUGGUGAAGCUUGGUGAAGCUAAUGAAUCUGGUAGGGUAGUAUUUGAGGCAUUUUACAUCUGUUUUGCUGCACUCAAGAUGGCAUUCAUGUCAGCUAGAAAAUGCAUUGGUUUGGAUGGUUGUUUCUUGAAGGGGGUAUGCAGGGGUCAAUUACUUAUUGCAGUGGCCAAAGAUGGCAAUAAUCAAAUGCUUCCACUUGCUUGGGCUGUAGUUGAAAAGGAGAACACAAAUAGUUGGAGUUGGUUUAUUUCUCUGUUGCAAGAAGAUUUAGGAUUAGGAGAUGGAACAAAUUUCACCAUUAUGUCAGACAUGCAAAAGGGACUGGAUAUAGCUAUUAAGGAGUUAUUGCCAGCUUGUGAGGAAAGAAGGUGUGCUAGACAUAUACUAGCAAAUUGGUCACAGAAUUGGAAAGGGCUGCAAAGGAAGAAACUGUUCUGGAAGUGUGCUAGAAGUACUUUUGAAGCUGAAUUCAGAGAAAAUUUGGAAGAGCUGUCUAAACUAGGUACGGGUAUAGUGGAUGAUCUAAUUUACUAUGAUAAAGAAUAUUGGUGCAAAGUGUAUUUUAAUUGUGAAGUCAAGUCUGAUGCAAUAGAUAAUAAUAUGUGUGAGAGCUUUAAUGCUUGGAUUUUGUCUGCAAGGCAUAAAACCAUUAUUAGUAUGCUUGAAGAGAUAAGGACUAAGGUCAUGACUAGGUUAGCUAGGUUAAGUGAAUUUCCAAACUCUUGGAUAACCAACUUCUCUCCAAUGGCAAUGAAAGUAUUAGAAGAAAAUAUUGAUAAGUCAAUGGCAUGUAACAUUGAGUUUAAUGGAGUAACUGGAUAUGAGGUUUUAGAUGGAUACAAACAACACACUGUAUGUUUGAGAAAGAGGGAGUGUAGUUGUAGAUCUUGGAUGUUGAAGGGAAUACCAUGUGCACACGCCUUAGCUGCAAUGUUGCAUAGACAAUAUGAUCCACAUGAUUUCAUUCAUCCAUGCUAUUCUAAAGAGAGGUACUUGAUGACUUACUCACAUUUCAUACAACCUAUGAAUAACAUGCCAAUGUGGCCAGAAUCAAGAAAUAAUCUUGUUGCUCCACCAGUGAUUACAAAAAUGCCAGGCAGGCCUAGAAAGCUGAGAAGGAAAGAGGCUGGUGAAACUAAGGUGUCUGGUAAGCUGUCUAAAACUGGACUAACUAUGACAUGUAGUCUUUGCCAUGUUAAAGGUCAUAACAAAAGAAGUUGUCAUUUACGAAGGAGUGAUGAAGUUGGUUCUAUUGCCGGGGAACAUAGAGCUACCCCUACUUCAAAUGUUGAAGAACCAUCAAGCUCAAGAAAGGGAAGGGGAAGACCAAAGAAAUCAACAAAUAUUGAGAGUGAGCCUGUUGCAAAAAAGAGGAGAGGCAGACCUAAAAGUGCAAGUGCAAGUGCAAGCGAAAUGCAAGUGCAAGUGCAAGUGCAAGUGCAUGUGCAAGUGCACCUAGAACCACUGCACCUCCAACAACUUCAAGAACACUAA